AUGACAGAAAAUAUGCAGGACGAUAUGAAGGUUGACCAGGAGGCCCUUUCCGCAGAGCCUGCGAAGCGCAAAGCCUCUGAGCCUAAGGCAAAAACGAUACAUUUCACGUCCCGCAAUCCACCCUGGACCUACCUGAAGCUCAAGCUUGUUCCUCAGCCCGGCAAUACACCUCAAGCACUUGACCCUCUCUCCGCACGCACGUACCUCUCCUCCGCACUGUCGCAAUUCCUCGGCCUGACAGGGACGGCCAUCUCCGUCGACAUAUUGAAGAUUGAGCAUGGACUCGCUUCAACGCCGAAGUCCAACGCUACAUCUACAACACAAGCUGCCAAGACCUCCCGCCAUGACUCUCUGUGGAUUCGUGUCCCGCGCGAAGAUGCCGCGACUGUUGUCGCUGCGGUUAGCUCUUGGAUUGGUGGCGGAAGCAAUACAACGGGGUCUGCGGGUGUCGCAUGGAGGGUUUGCGCCAAGGGGAACUUUUUGGGUGCCUUGACGGCUGGGUCUGGGGCGGAUCUGUUCGUUCCCUAG